UGGUUAACGUGUGCAUGAUGUCUGUCAUUGACUCAAGUGUCAUAGUUUCGAUUCCCCACUUGUAUGUGACAAGGAGUAAGGUUACUGUCCAACCUCGUCGGUUUUCUCUGGGUUCUGUGGUUUCCUCCCACUGCUAAAGACCCCUAUGUGCAAGCGAAUUAAUGAAAUAAGAUUGAACCAUAUGUUAGUCCCAAAAUGACCUAGUUUGUGUCAAGUCGACGUUAAACCCCAUUUCUCACUAUUAUUAGCUUUAAAGAAAUCGAUGGGUCAUCGUGUUUGUGUGUUUUUGUGCAUGUAUAUAUAUUUUGUUUUAAUAUAUACACUCAGUAAAAAAGUUAAACACCCCCUGUAGUUUUCACAAUGAAACCCUGAUAAUUUAAAUGUGGUAUUGAAAUGACAUUCUUCAUCACCAACCACAAUGUUGAAUUGUGUUUUUAACUCUAAACUCUUUGCUUAUUGUCACUCCCUUUUUUGUUUCAAAUACCGCAUCUCAGAAUUAUUUUCAGUUUCAUGCCAAUCUGAUUACAAUACAGAUCUAUAUUUCGUUUUGUUUUUUAUACUUUCGAUGGCCUACACUACAUGAAGAUCUGAACGGUUGUAGUGGUCAAGUCAGGGGUCUUACGAGCGGCCUUUGACCCUAUGAUGUCAGACAUUGAUUAAUCAGUCAGCGUUGACGGUUCCGUGCAUCACAUGCCAAGAACUCGUUGUAACAGACCGUUAUAUUGGCUAAUCCCUGACAUCAUCAAGAACGCGAGUUAUAUAACAACUCUUCCAGUUCAUAGUGUAGUAAAGACAAUAAAUAUUUGAAUUUUAAAAAACCGAUACAGAAUAUGAUCUGUGUUUUAAGUUUAAUCAAAUUGGUAUUAUGAUUAAAAUCUUAAAACUUGAUAAACUCUUUAUGUUAGAGAUGUAUUUUUACAAAUAACAGUUGUAUUUCUGAGGUCAUAUUAUCAGGGUUUCAUAAGUUAAGUCAUUGUGAAAAAUGUUUAAAAGUUUUUACUGUGUGUAUAUUAGAUGGUUGUAUAUUGUAAAAUCAUUUCGUAUCAUUUCUAAAUUAUUUGUUUAAACUGUUGUCAGAAAUUCUGAUAAUAUUAAACUACCUCCUUACCGCCAUUAAAUAUACUUCGAUUUAAAGUUUAUACAUUGUUAAAGUCUCUGACCUUCAUUUGUAAUUAGGCUUCUAAUUUGUAAUUAGGAAAAAUAUCUAAUUAACACAGGUGGGAACUGGAGUCCUGCGACUUGGACUCAAGUCGGACUUAUGUCACACCAAUGACCCGAUGGGUGACUUGACUUGAAAUAUUUAUUGCGACUCAAGGCUUGCGACUUGAAAGAGAUUUGGACUCGAAAGAGAUUUGGACUCGGGUCGCAGCGUGGGGGCAUAACUCUAACUUACCUUAUUCGGCAUGAAUCGCUGACUCAUUGGUGAACUGGUGAUUUGAACGGGACUCAGGCUUUUUAAAGACUUAGGACUCGACUUGGUACUUAAGUCAGCAGCUUAGGACUCGACUAAGACACGAGGUGCGAUGACUUGGUCCCACCUCUGCUAAUUUCCCUCGACUUAAUUCACACCAUAAUGUACCGGUACUCAAAUAGAUUAUUUAAAAUUUAAUUUAAAUAAAUAAAAUUAAAAUAUCAAUCGGAUUAAAAAGAGACCCAUCAGAAAUAACCAUAGGUGGCACUGGCUUCUCAUUAACUGCAUUGUAUGGUGGAUGUCAUAUUUUCAAUUCCAUAUAUCUUUGUCAAUACUGAAUGAAAUGGAAUAAUUUUUGGACGGAUACUCCUUGUAGAGAUUGGGGGGUUGGAUGGCCGAAUGGUUAGCAUGUGAGCGCUGUAUCAUAAGGCCUGUCAUCGAGUCAACUGGUGUGCUUUCGAAUCCCCGGUUGUACGUGACAAGGAGUAAUGUCACCUGUCUAACCUCGUGGGUUUUCUCCGGGUCCUCAGGUUACCUUCCACUGCUAAAGACCCCUACGCGCACACGAAUUAUUGAAAUAAAAUUGAACCAUUUGUUAGUCCCGAAAUGACCUAGUUUGUGACGAGUGGACAUUAACCCUCUCUCUCUCUCUCUCUCUGUAAAUACUGACUCUAAUGGAAUUAUUAUUGGAGUGAUAUUAGAGAUUUAUCUUCCACAGUAUUGUAGUUUGUAAGGGAUUUUCUUCGAUCCCUGCAUUGGCCGAGAAAGUUCAUAUAGAUUUUCCGGCGUGGUUGCCCCUUGUCAGUGUAGCGUAUGCCUGCCGUCAUUAGCCCAGUUCGGAACAGAACAGUAGAAUGUUAAACCCCAUUUCAUUUCUGUAAGGGAUUCAAAAUGAGGGUCAGAGACUUUAAUUAAUCCACAAUUAAAUAUGGAUUCCUUGAUUGACAUUUUAAUAUUGACACUUUAGUGUGUUGGUAGGCCUAUAUAUAUAUAUAUUGAAGAAUUGGAGAUUAAUUUUGAUUUUAACCCAAGAUUAAUAGAUUAGUGUUUGCUUCCGUCAGACAAAUCUUUACUUUGUUCGUUUUCUUGAGAUUUAUUAUUUGAUUUGGUGAAAAUAGUUUCACUUUAUUUCUCACAUUUAUAAGUUUUCCAAAUCAUUUUUGUUCAUAUGUUUGCCAUUUAAAAUAGCCUAUUAGCCAGAUUUUAUUGUUAAUUCUUUUUCUCGUAGUCAGAAAAGGUUCGUUCAAUUUAUCAUUUACGUAACAAAUUAGUUAUGUUUUGGAAUAAAUUUAUAAAAAAUUUUUUAAAGUUUUUUCUGUUGUUCUUUUUUAAACUAUCAUCAUUAGUGAUGGAGUAGGUUUCAAAAUUUCUUGGAUACGUUCACUUGUGAUCGAUAAAAAUAUUUAACCAUUUAAAAGGUACCGAAGAUCGAGGGAAUAGGGAGACUAUCAGAUACGUAGGAAAGUCAAGAACCUUUCUUACGUCAAUAAGAUCUGGCUCAUGGAGGAAAACACAAAAUGGAAAAUUCGAGGCUAAAAGAUUUUUUAUUCCAUUUGCAGAGCAUCUCUCCUGAAAGUCAGAGAACAGAUUCUCCCAGCACUACUCGUGGUCAGCGUCGUGCUCGAACAAAAACGGAUAGUCCAAAUCCUAAAAGUCGCGGCGACAGACGCAGGGAACCAGAUGGAGGCAAGCCAAGAGGAACGGAGACUUUCAGUCUCAGUAAGGCCGGAACGUCAAAUAAAUCCAGCAGUCAAAAAACAGAUUCAAAUCGACCUUCAGAAACUAAAGUUCCGAAACUUCGUAAAGGUGACACUCAAGGCCCCCUUGCUGUUGGUGAUAAAGAUAAGGAGUUAAAAGUCGUCUUAGAGAAGUACGUGGUACGACCGGCUCCCCUACCACCCCCACCAUCACACGUUGAACUCGCGAAUGGCAAGAAACAUUGUUUAAACAGAUUGCUAUGGAUGAAAGUGUUCACGUAUCUUGAAGAAAGCGAGUUGUGUUUAUGUAUGGCCAUUUGUAAGACAUGGAAUAGGUGGUGUCUGGAUAGGAAGCUCUGGAGGACACUCGAUCUCUCGCGUAAACGACUCAAACAAGUUCAUCUAAUUGGUAUUGUUAAACGACAGCCCUCAAACCUUGUGUUGGUGUCAAGCGUUAUUUCCCAGAAACAACUGGUGUGGCUCGUCUCGCGAUUACCGCAACUUCAGACCCUAGAUCUAACUUAUUGCUCGUGGGCAACUAUCUGUGGAUUGUGUUCAGCCUCGUGCCCGUUUUUGAAAUCCCUUUUAUUAAAAUGGGCUGUAGGAAUACGUGAGAACUGUUUUCGGGAUUUGGUUUUGCCACCAGUCGAUGGUAAACCUGGAUUAAACGAAGUUAGUCGUUUGAUACGUCUGCGGAAUUUAGAUUUAUCAGGUUGUGAGAUAACGGAUCAGUCGCUAGAGCUCAUUGUGGAGUACAUGCCCAGAUUGGAGACCCUCGGACUAAGUUACUGUAUGAGGCUCACAGACGAUGGCAUCGAAAAACUCUUUCUCGAGUCCAGUCCUCUACGAAGUUCACUGAGUGAAUUACAACUAUCAGGGUGCUGUCAGCUAUCAGAGAAAAGUGUCGUACUAGCUUUCAAUUCGUGUGCAUCAUUGACAUCUCUGAGGUGUAAAAAUUGCCCCAAAAUAUCGCAAGAAAUGUGUCAGAGCUUUGUAGACUCUUUUAGACAACGGAGACUUGUGUUUUCACCCUCGAACAUGGUGAUUACAGCGACAACGUAGACUUGUGUUUUCACCCCCGAAAAUGGUGAUUACAGUGAGUAAUUAAACAUAGGCACUGUAAUCCAAGUAUUAUUUAAUCUUGUGUAUUUCACGCCAAUUUCUUUUAUAUUCAUUCAAUAUCAAAUCUCUGUUUAAA